AGACUGCGACUCGCGCCACCGCGAUUGAGCUCGGAAUUUCUCAGCGCUUAUAGACCUCCAUAGCUUAACAUGUGGAGAAAUUUAUCAAAGCAAGCUUCUUUAAGGAAAUAUAAGUUAUUUUCUGAGUCUUAUCCUCUAUUCUCUUCCUUAAGGGCUUUUCAACCUUCUCAAGUGUGCGAGAAGAUCAGAGAUGGAAGAGGUGAAGAGCAUGCGGUUCGUAUGUACAAAGAGCUAGGUUUUGCUCAAAGUUCACAUUUUUCUCGAGGUGAUUUUGGUGUCUGGAGCAAUUUUCCUGGAAUUUUUGGGACUUCCAGGGGCUAUGCAAGUGUAGCUGAGGCUUUAGCUUCGACCUCCGAGGAAGAUGUCGACGAGGUUCAGGAGCUAAUUGAGGAAAUGAACAGACAUAAUGAGGAGACGAUGACGACGAAACAACAAAAACAGCCGAAGACCAUAGGGGGAAUGGGGGUUUGGAGGUAUAAUGUGUUGAAGAAGAGGCAAAUAAAGAUUGAGACCGAGGCGUGGGAAGAGGCGGCAAAGGAGUAUCAGGAGCUUUUGACAGAUAUGUGUGAGCAGAAACUAGCUCCCAAUUUGCCUUAUGUGAAAUCAUUGUUCCUAGGUUGGUUUGAGCCUUUGAAAGAUGCCAUAGCUGCAGAACAGACGGCUUGUUUAGAAGGGAAGAUCAAACUAGGCCAUGUUCCCUUUUUCACUCAUCUCCCUGCUGAAAUGAUGGCAGUUAUUACUAUGCACAAGUUGAUGGGACUAUUGAUGACUGGGAGUGGGCAUGGAAGUACUAGAGUGGUGCAAGCUGCUUGCCAUAUUGGUGAAGCCAUCGAGAACGAGGCUAGGAUAAACAGGUUUUUGGAGAAAACCAAGAAAAAGAGUGCAUCAAAUACUGAUUCUGAAGAGCAACCUGAAGAUCUGAUGAAGGAAAGAGAGAGACUAAGAAAAAGAGUUACAACUUUGAUGAAACGACAAAAGAUGCAUGAGGUUAAAAAGAUAGUGAUACAGCAGGAUGAUGGGAAACCUUGGGGCCAAGAAAAUCAAGUCAAGGUUGGCUGCCGGUUGAUGCAGAUAUUAAUGGAAACAGCCUACAUACAGGCGCCUAUGAAUGAAUCAGAAGAUGGUGUGCCUGACAUUCGACCUGCAUUUGUUCAUUCAGUCAAAACUUUGGAAACACCGGGAGGCAACAGGAGAUAUGGGGUGAUUCAGUGUGAUCCCCUAGUUCGCAAAGGCCUUGAGAAAACUGCUAGGCACAUGGUGAUACCUUAUAUGCCAAUGUUGAUUCCUCCGAAGGAUUGGACAGGGUAUGAUAAAGGUGCUUAUUUAUUUUUACCUUCAUAUAUUAUGCGCACACAUGGAGCAAAACAGCAGCGGGACACAGUCAAAAGAGUGCCAAGGAAUCAAUUAGUAGAUGUUUUCCAGGCACUUAACACCCUUGGUAACACCAAGUGGAGGGUGAACAAAAGGAUACUUGGUGUUGUUGACAGGAUAUGGACUAGCGGAGGUGGUGUUGCAGACUUGGUUGACCGUGAAGAUAUUCCUUUACCAGAAGAGCCAGACACAGAAGAUGAAGCAGAAAUAAAAAAAUGGAGGUGGAAAGUUAGAAAUGUGAAAAAGCAAAACAGCGAGAGACAUUCUCAGCGGUGUGAUAUCGAGCUGAAACUAGCUGUUGCACGAAAAAUGAGGGAUGAGGAGGGAUUUUACUAUCCACACAAUCUUGAUUUUCGUGGCCGUGCGUACCCCAUGCAUCCAUAUUUGAAUCAUCUGGGCUCUGAUUUAUGCCGUGGAAUCCUGGAAUUUGCAGAAGCUCGCCCCCUUGGCAAGUCAGGGUUGCGAUGGUUAAAGAUACAUCUAGCAAAUGUGUAUGGUGGUGGUGUUGACAAGUUAUCAUAUGAAGGUCGAGUAGCAUUUACUGAAAAACAUGUGGAGGACAUUUUUGAUUCUGCAGAUCGACCUCUGGAAGGAAAACAGUGGUGGUUAGGCGCAGAGGAUCCUUUUCAAUGCUUAGCAACAUGCAUUAAUCUUACUGAGGCACUGAGGAGCCCCUCUCCCGAGACUUACCGUUCUCAUAUGCCUGUUCACCAGGAUGGUUCAUGUAAUGGCAUGCAACAUUAUGCUGCCCUUGGGAGGGACAAGUUAGGAGCAGCAGCUGUCAAUCUUGUAGGAGGAGAUAAGCCAGCUGAUGUUUACUCUGGAAUUGCUGUUCGAGUUCUUGAUAUCAUGAAAAGAGAUGCGGCUAAAGAUCCUGCAACUGAUCCAAAUGUGAUGCUUGCAAGACGUUUAAUUAACCAGGUUGACAGGAAAUUAGUGAAACAAACAGUGAUGACGUCAGUGUAUGGAGUCACUUAUGUUGGUGCCCGUGAACAAAUCAAAAGAAAAUUAAAGGAGCGUGGUGUGAUCGAAGAUAGUGACGAGUUGUUUUCAGCUUCUUGUUAUGUGGCAAAAACUACUUUGACUGCCUUGGGAGAAAUGUUUGAAGCAGCACGAGGCAUCAUGAGCUGGCUUGGAGACUGCGCCAAGAUUAUUGCUCAGGAGAAUCACCCUGUACAGUGGACAACUCCGCUUGGCCUACCCGUUGUGCAACCUUACCGCAAAAUAGGAAGGCAUCUUAUUAGGACGUCCCUUCAGAUUUUGACAUUAAAACGGGAAACAGAUAAGGUGAUGGUCCAGAGGCAGAAGACAGCCUUUCCUCCAAAUUUUGUUCACUCACUCGACGGUUCCCAUAUGAUGAUGACUGCCAUUGCAUGCAAAGAAGCGGGCUUAAGUUUUGCAGGUGUGCAUGAUUCGUACUGGACUCAUGCAUCUGAUGUUGAUCAAAUGAAUAGAAUUCUGAGGGAAAAGUUUGUCGAACUCUAUGAAGCACCGAUACUUGAAAAUCUAUCAGAAAGUUUUCAAAAGUCAUUCCCGAAACUACAAUUCCCUCCCUUGCCUGAGCGGGGUGAUUUUGACUUGAGAGAAGUUCUGGAUUCUCCGUACUUCUUCAACUAGAUCGACGAUCAUUCAUUUUUGGAAAUUUUGGGCUACCUUCAGCGCCAAAUAAGAUACGUCACCCUCCAAAACCGUGGUAAAAAUGGCCAUUGCAAUCGAGGUGUGUAGCCAAUCAUUUGACUGUGCUUCAUAGAUGACCCUCUUCAACAUGCGGCAAUUUCCAUGACAAGGUGAGGCCAUUGAUCAUCUCGAGCUAUAGACUCAAAGCACGCUAACAUACACGAAGUUUGGAAUGUGAAGACGAGACGACUAAUCUUAAACCUGUCAUACAUUUGAAAGCGGGGGAGACAUCUCCAAUGUCUUCCUAUACGCCUUCAGAAGAUUAGGUGUAAGCACACAAUAUAAUGCAUUGAGGAGAAGCAUUUGCUUAUUUUGAGUCUGGAAACCUUGUAUAGUCAUAUGGAUUACACACACUGCUGUGUGUAUAUUUGAGGUUUUUUUUUUUUUUUUUUCAAUUUAGUUUCACAUUUUAACCUGAUUUUUUAUUUAUGUAUAUAGCAGCCAGCUGAUAGUGUGAUAAUAGUCAUCCAUAUACAAUUUGUAUCUCUGAUAUUUUUGCAGAGCAUUCUGCUACUAAUAAAGAAAAUUGUUCACCUUUCUGGGAGAGACAUUACCCAA